GCCUUUUCUUUCAUUGGAAAUGUCAAAAUCUGCUACGCGAUUGCACGAUUUAGAUUCACAAAAGUGCGAAAACUUUGGCAAAAUUUUUAAUUUAGGUAUCUACGUAGGCACCUAUUUACUUGUUUACUAACAUAUAUUUAAAUUUACAUAUUUUAAAUGUAAUAUUCCUAUAAAAGUAGACUAUACAUGUAUGGAGAUAACAUAAUUCCAGUGAUAUAAACUGUAAUAGAGUUUGUAAUUAAAUGUACGUUUUAAGAAAUGAAAAAUGAAUAACAGUUCUGACUUUAUACUAUAUGAGCUGCAUUGCUCAAAAGAUGCUCUUACAGACAAUUAUGGCUGGUUUAUGCAGUUCUUGUUAGCUGUACUGGCCUUCACUUGCUUGAUUGGCAAGAGAUUCUGUGAACCUCGCUAUGCUAGGAGACCAUGGCUGAUUUGGUUUUAUGAUACAUCAAAACAGGGCCUUGGUGCUCUUAUUAUUCAUGCAGCAAAUGUAUGGCUCUCUCCACAUCUUACUGGGAAUCCUUGUACAUGGUAUAUAGUGAAUUUCAUGUUGGACUCUACACUUGGUCUUCUAAUUAUAUGGGCAGGCAUCAGAUUAGCACAGUACUGGGCCAGAGAAUAUGAUAUACCUCUGAUAAAUUUUGGUGAAUAUGGAAAACCUCCAAUGUGUGCAGCAUGGAUAUGUCAAUGCAUACUGUAUGCUGCACUGGCAACAUUUGCUAAGUCAGUCCUAGCACUGGUUUUGAGACUGCCGCCUGUAACGGCGGUGCUGUCCACACUACGUCUAUCGCCAGUCACAGACCCACGACUUGAGCUCGCUGUAGUCAUGCUCAUCAUACCUUUCUUUGUUAAUAUAUUAAUAUUCUGGGUCACAGACAACUUUCUUAUGUAUCAUCCGAGGGGAGUUAGUUCGAAAAUUAAAACAAAGGUCCGUUACCAAUCCAUCAAGAAGGAAAAGACGGGGUCUGAUGAAGAGGAGCAUUCGGCUGACGAACGACUACUGGGAGCUAACGUAUGACCGUACCGCAAGCCCACGGUGUAUCGGGCUUAACCAACGAUUUUGACAGGCAGGCCAAAAACACUUGCCUUUGCUACGUAAUAUUGCUGAAACCCCGUAGUUCCAAAUUACAUAUAAUUUCCUUAUUGAAGGCUACAUCAUUUCGGACUAUCGAGUGGUACCUACUACAUAUGUAUUCACUGAAAAGAAAUCGAAUUAGUACCGACGGAAGCAAGGCUUUUCUGUCAUUGGUCGGAUUUUUUUAUUGUCGUUAUCCCCGCCAAUGACAGCCUCCUAUUUUGAGUGGCUCUUAAUUCCUAUUAAUCCAAAGUUAAAAAACAAGUGACUUCUCUACUAAACAAAUAGAAAUGCAUAGACAUACAAUUUCACUAAUGCUAUGUCAUGUCUGUAUUAUUGUGUUGACGAAUAGACCAUUAUUAUCGAUAUUUUAAAUCCUAACCCCAUACUCAAGCAAUAUUACUACUAUAGCUAGGGCUACGGCCAUUUCUAGCUAUACAUUGGUAAUACAGACUUAUUGUAAGCCAAUGAUAUAUAUUAUAUAGAGAUUAAUUAUUUUAUACCCAGGGAUUAUUUUAAUAAGCAAAAAUAUUUCAUUGAAACAGAAAACAUGAAACGUUAUUUUCCAACAUCAACAUUUUUCGUUUUCAUAUUCAGUCAUUUCAGUCACAGGUCAUCUAAACUUAAAUAAACUUGUGUAAUUUAUAGGUAGGUAACAUAGUUUAACAUGGAACGAAGAUCAAGUAAGAGAGAGCUUCAGCUUAUAGAAAUGAAUGUAAUUAACUGAAAAUUAUUGUAUUUAAUGCCACAUUCACUCAUUAAAAAAUUAAAUGUUGAAUGUAAGAGCCUGCGCUGCGUUAAACGUGCUCCCGCUUAUAAUGCGAUUCAACUAAGAGUACAAUUCAUUCUUUAAGGUCUAAAAACUUAACCUAUAAAAUUUUCGUUGACAUAAGUUUUAUAUACCUCGUUAAUUAUUGUGGUAAGCUUAGCGCUUAUUCAAUACUCUUUCGUGCCAAAAUGCUGCCCACCCAGUAUGCUUCGUAGAGUUUUUGCCCUUAUGUGGUUUCUCGUCGACAUAAUUUUGUGUUUGGGGUGAGUAUCUACAUUGAACGACAGUAACUAAGAUUAAGGCGGGAUUCCCGUUGCACGACGCGGGACGGAGCACGGAGCGGAUCUCGGCGACGGAGGUCCUCUCCGGCUACCCGCUUAACGCAGCGCAGACUGGAAUAUUAUUACGAAAUAAUAUUAUAUUUUUAUUUUCAGCGUAUUCCAUGCUAUACCGACACUUUUUUGCAUUAAUUGGUGCUUAAAAUAAGGAAAAUGAGUUGUUAAUAAAUGAGGCAGAAAAGCAAAACUCAUUCAUAAUGAGUUUUGCUAGGGAUCAUUCCCUAUAAGGUCCACGUUAUAUCGUUAUAUGUAUUUGUAACGGGUUUGAAUUAGAACCAACCACUUUAUAAAAGUGAGAAGUUCACAAACCAAAAUAUCAAUUCAGACUUAAACGACGAGUUUAAGAACAACAUGACUUUUCAAAGUUAUAAUUAUUUAAAUACAGAAAAAUAUGAUAUGUUGUUUACAAACUAUAUAAGGAACACCAAUUACGUUCGUUUAUCUUCCAUAUUAUCAUAAAAUUUUAAUGGAUUAACGAACCAUUUAUGAGAUCACAGCAGUGGAUAUUAAAGAUAUGUUUUUGAUUUAGUUUGUCAUAUAUAAGAGAAACAGAUUUGGUGGGACGGAAUUGAAAUAUUUAUGUAUAAAAUUAAGUUUAAGUUGACUAGUUGUAUACAGCAUAAUUACUGGGACAGGACACUAGGCAAAUAUCUUGAGUAAACCAUACACAAUCAAAUUUGCCCAGUAGAUGUUUUUGUAUGUAAGAGAAGUUUCGUUGGCUAUGAUUUAUGCUCAAGUAAGAUGUUUGCCAGGGUGUAUGUAUAUGUACCUAAUAUUUUGUUGAUAUUGUUACUACAUUAUGUACAAAGGCUUCUUAGAUGGAAAAAGAAAAAUAUAUUUUUGUAUGUUUCAUUUUUAGAAUGAAAUUAUUUAUAAUGUUCCUAAUGUGGUGUAAGUACUUAGAUUUCAAUCAAUGUAGUGCCAUUUUGAUUUUAUAAAAAUUUACUUAAACAUCGAAUAAAGACUGAUAAAGUCAAAUAGAAUUUAUAGAUCUACUUACUUUUUAAAAAUGAUGCUUUUUAUAGAACUGAAACUAAUUAGCACUUUCCACUAUUCGACGAGCUCCGUGGCCGAGUGGUUUGUACGCCGGGUUUCAUGGUGUCGCCCACUCGAGAGGUCCCGGGUUCGAAUCCCGGUGGAGGCAGAUGUUUGUGUGAUGAAUACGAGCAUUUGUACUCCAGUCAUGGAUGUUUGAUAUGUAUUUCUAUAUAAAUAUACUUAUAUAUGAACAGUAUAUGUAUUCUAUCCGUUACGCAUCCCAUAACACAAGACUUACAGUGCUUACUUUGGGGCUAAAAAAAAGCUGUGAGCGAAGUAGACGCAGCUGUACGCAAUUUUUUUUAUUUCCUUAUAUUUGAAGUUUCUAUAGUUGACUGAAUGAAUUUUAAAGUAAAUAUUGGAACUUGUACAAGGACAUAGUUUAGUUGAAAUGACGUUAAUAAAAGCAAAAUUCGAAUCCACUUUUUCAAUGUAAAGGCAUAUUGUUAUUAAUACUUAUUCUCAUAAAAUUUUAAAUCCUACCUCUUUUGUUUGUUUGGUGAAUAAAAAUAAGAGGUUGUAUCAUCUGUUUAUCUAUAUUACAUAAAGCUAUAAUUCGCCUCUAAUGUGAUCUUCUUAUAAAGAAGUUUCUGGGUUAAACUGCUCAUAAUUAUUUACUAGAUACCUUCAUCAAUAAUAUCAUAAUAAUUAUUAUACUUUAAUCUUAGAAUAAUAACGUAAUUAUAUAUAUAUAUAUAUCUUUAUAUAUAUAAUUCUUCUGUGAGUGUGUAUGUCACUGAACUUCUCUUAAACGACUGGACCGAUUUUGAUGAAAUUUUUUGUGUGUGGUGAAGGGGAUCUGAGAAUGGUUUAGAUUCACAAUUUUGUCCGCUGGACAACCCCUAUUUUUUAGGGCGGUACGAAGUUCGCUGGGUCAGCUAGUAUAUAUAUAUAUAGUUAUUAUUCUAAGAGUUUAAUCUUAAAUCACCAAUAGUUGAUAAUAUAAUUAAACAUCAUAUUAUCUUUUGCAUGUUAUCUUUUCUUUUUAAUUCUGUAUAUUUAUUAAAUUUAUACUCCUAUUAAAAAUUAUACACGUAUUUUAUUCUAUAUUUAAGCUAGAAUCUCGUUGAGAAAUAUCAAUUAAUCUUUUAUACGAAGAAUCCAAUAACAGAUAUCAGUUAUCUUCGAGCUUAUAUGUAGUUAUAUAUUUUCAUUGACAGUGGAUUUUCUUUGGCCAAUAUGUAACUGUUUAUAAAUCUGAUGAAAUUAGGUUAUUGUAAAUAAUAAAUAAUUGUAUAAAAUGAAAUGUAUAUAAUGACCUGUAUAUUUGUGCAUAUAUGUUAAUUGUUUGUGCGAAUAUAAUUCACAUUAAGUU